UCCUCCUCCUCCUCCUCCUCCUCUCCGUGCGCUCUGGUCCUCCUCUGCGCGCUCUGUGUCUUCGCCUUGGACAAACUGCGGCGGAGCGCUGGAUCACCAAAAGUUUGCCGAAUCUGUUUAGAGGGAACCGGGUUUGGGGUCCGGAGUGGUUCGGUGUUUUUUGUCAGGGGACUGGGGUGUUGUGUUGUUUUUUGUAGUUUUUUUGCUGUUUAACCAUGGAGACUCUCCGUGGUCUCCUCGUACUGCUGUGCGUUUUCCUGGCUGGAGCGCAAACGCACGACCAACAAAACAAGUUUGGGGAUUGUCCAGUUGACCUUUUCUUUGUACUGGAUACAUCUGAGAGUGUCGCCCUCAGAAAGAAACCUCCCAACUUUUAUAUCGACCAGAUCAAAACCUUCACCUAUAACUUCAUAGAUGAACUCAAGGAAAUGCGCCACCGAUGUGAUCGCACCCUGACGUGGAACUCAGGAGCACUGCACUACAGUGACGAUGUCAAACUCGUACGACCGCUGAGUGCCCUGAGGACUGAUCGCCAGGCCCUGAAGGAUGACAUCAGGGGCAUCGAAUACAUCGGCAAGGGCACAUACACCGACUGUGCCAUCAAGAAGGGCCUUGCUGAGCUGCUCAUCGGGGGCUCCCACUACCAUGAUAACAAGUACAUCGUGGUAGUGACUGAUGGCCACCCUAUUACUGGUUACAAAGAGCCGUGUGGAGGCGUGCAGGAGGCUGCUAAUGAAGCCAAACAACAUGGAGUCAAAGUGUUCGCUGUCGCCAUCUCACCUGACCAGGAGGACACCAGGUUGUCAGUCAUCGCCACAGACCCGCGCUACAGACAGAACUUCACUGCUGCAGACGAUACCAGAAGCACCAAGAUGGGAACCAUUCGAACCAUCAUUGACAUGAUCACAAAUGAGACAAAGGAUACGUGUUGCUCUUUCGACUGCAAUGCUCCAGGAGGGCCUGAGGGACCAAAAGGAGACCCUGGCUUUAAGGGAGAAGCGGGUCGACCAGGGAUGCCAGGAGAGAAAGGAAAUAUUGGUGCCGUGGGCAACGUUGGAGAUCCUGGUCCUGUUGGUUACACUGGAAUGAAGGGAGACCGUGGUGGCAGAGGAGGAAAGGGUGAAAGAGGACACAAAGGCUUCAAGGGAGACAAAGGUCUAAGGGGAAAUGAUGGAACCGAUGGACGCAAGGGUGAAGCUGGUUUCUCUGGUCUUUCCGGCUGUAAAGGAUCUCCUGGAUCAGACGGCCUGCAGGGAGAGCCUGGACCAAAGGGAGACCCUGGUCCUUAUGGACUGAAAGGAGGAAAAGGAGAUCCUGGAAGAGACGGCGAACCAGGAAGGCCUGGAAACUAUGGCCCGCUGGGUCCUCCGGGUGAUCAGGGCCCUCUCGGAAGCAACGGGGACAAAGGAGAGCGCGGUGAUGAUGGCGCACCUGGAGGGGAUGGGAAACGCGGCGAGGGAGGAAUAAUUGGAGAGAAGGGAGAGCAAGGAUCUCGUGGGAACAGGGGUCCCAGAGGAGAUGCGGGGGAGCCAGGACCCCGUGGAGACCAGGGGAGGGAGGGCACAGCUGGCCCCAACGGAGACCCUGGCGAGCCUGGCAAGGCCGGGUCUCCUGGCUACAGGGGAGAUGAAGGCUCACCUGGACCUGAAGGAAAAAAAGGACCGAGAGGAAUCAAAGGAGCUCCGGGAGACAGAGGCCAGAUGGGGGAGAGGGGAGGAGAUGGUGCUCCAGGAAAUGGCACUGCAGGUUGUCCUGGUUUCCAGGGUUAUCCCGGGCCCCGCGGAGACGCUGGUGAACCGGGUGGCAGGGGAACCCCUGGACCCAAAGGAGACGAUGGAGACGCCGGAGAACCAGGCACAGAUAACACCGACCCAGGACCUGGAGGACCUAAAGGGGCCAAAGGUCACCGAGGACCCGAGGGCAAUCCGGGACCUUCUGGGCCUCCUGGACCACCAGGAACUGAUGAAUGUGAAAUUCUGGACAUCAUCAUGAAGCUCUGCUCUUGUUGUGAGUGUAAGUGUGCACCUUUGGACCUGGCGUUCAUCGUGGACAGCUCAGAGAGUAUCGGCUCCUCAAACUUUGAACUCUCCAAAGACUUUAUCAUCACAGUCAUAGACAGGCUGAGCAAAGACCAGCAACUCAAGUUUGCACCUGAUGAGUCCGGGUUGAGCGUCGUCCAGUACAGUGGAUUGCAAGCCCAGGAAAAAGUCCGACUGAUCGAUGUCGGGAACCUCAACAUAUUUAAACAGAAAGUGAGAGAAUUGGAGUGGCUGGCUGAGGCUACGUACACGGGUGAGGCCCUUGAUUAUGCUCUGACCAACACCAUCGCCGAGAUGAAGAAAGAGAACAAAGUCGUCAUCGUUCUCACUGAUGGACGUUCUGAUAUUAUCAGGGACACGGUUCCCCUCAACGUACUCUGUGGUAAAAAUCUCCGGGUGGGUGGUUUAGGAGUGAAGGACUACUCAGGCCGUGAGCCCAACACCGAGCAGCUUGGGGAAUUGGUUUGUAAGACUGACCCCAAACCAGGCUUUUCCUUUGUCCUGGACAACUAUGCUGUGUUGCUAGAUGACACUUUCCUGCAGAACCUCACAGCCAAAAUCUGUCUAGAAAAGAGGUGCCCAGACUACAAAUGUUCCAUCUCUUUCGCUGACAGUGCCGAGAUUUUGGUGAUGAUGGACAGCUCGGCCAGUGUGGGCCAGAAGAACUUCGAAACAAGCAAGACCUUUGUCCGCCGCUUGGCCGAGCGUUUCCUGACUGGCGAGAGGAAGAGGGGUGUCACUGUCAAAGUGGGCGCGGGCCAGUACAGCCGAAGCCCCCGCAUGGAGCAAACGCCAACUACCAAUUUGACCUUGCUGUCUUUGAACAUUGAACAGGCGGCCUUCCAAAAUGACGGCACCGACGUGCUAGGGGCCAUGGACUUCGCCAUCAAGAAUCUACGCGGCCGCGGGGACGCAUCGGGAGGCAAGAAGAAGCUGGUGAUGUUCUCUGACGGUAGGUCUCAGGCCAUCACCGAGCCCCAGCUGGAAAAGCGCGUUCGCGAGGUAUCGGAUGCCGGGAUUGAGCUCUUUGUCAUCGCCAUUGGCAGCCAAGUCAGUGAGGUCAACCUGCGCACGCUGGUGAGCAGGGGGCGGCCGGACGACAUCACCUACGCCCAGCGCCACCUGUUCCGCGUCUCAGAUUACGCCUCUCUGCUCCGCGGGGUCUUCCACCAAACCGUCUCCCGCAGGGUGUCCGUCUCCAACAUGCAAUAGAUUUUUAGUCCCAAUAUGAAUAUUCAGUCUCACUCAUUUACCGUACACUGUGUUGGUUAAAUAAUAAAUGUCUCAAAAUGACAAAUGAUUGUGUGGCAGACAAAUGGAAAUGUCUUCAUGAAACAAAAUUGUGACUUUUUUACCCUGAGUUUAGCCUCCAAGGCAGAUUAUCUGCCGUGUACAAUUUCCACCUUCUAUGCUGAGGUCAUUAGACUAUAACCCAAAUGAUGGUGCUAACCUAAACAAGCUUGUUGUGACAGUACACAACUGGAAGAAAUUGCUGCCUGUAAGGCAAAUUUCAGGGUAAAGAAUGUCCCAAGUCAAAGGGGGGGUUGCUUCGGUCCUGGAGAGCCAUCAGUAAUGGCCACGCCUAAACUAAAUUUAUAGCUUUUAAAAUGCAUUGCGCUGAUUUCUACUCAGGUAUUCCGCAUCACUUUUAGCUAGUCUGGACGCACGCUCUGCCUUACUUCAACUAACUAAGUGUGGGUUGAAAAUGGCUCAUCGAGGCUACACUCUCCUGUCUCUCCAGGACUGGAGCUCCUGCCGUUCGAAGGAUUUGUGUUUAGGGUUUAAUGUGGACUCAUUUUUGUAUCUCUUACCACCCCUUUCAAGUGAUGUCGGAUUUGUGGUGUCACAAUUUUACAACGUAAGCAAACCAAGCGCAUAAAAAUUCCUUGGCGACUUACUUGUUGUACCUAAAUGAUCGUUAACCUGGAAGGCUGGCACACGAUUGUCCAGCCGACUUUAUUUUUAGGUUUUGAAAAGGUCACUUGGAAAAGCCUUGAGUUAUUCGUAAGUUGGUGAAAACUCACACCCGACAUCACUUGAAAGCUCUAUUCGAUCGCCAAGCCGACAGGGAAAACAGGACAUGACAUCAGGCAGACUCCCAAACAAAACCCAUCAGCACUUCACCUGGUACUAAUGAGGACACGACAGCUGGACUCAACAUGUGUGAUUCUGCCCGAGUGUGUGUAUCUCUGUAUGUGUGUGUGAGAGCAUCUCUGUGGUUACAUCAACUACUUGUCUAAUAUGUGUGUGGAGGUGAUUUUUUUACGUGUAGCCUUGGGCGACUGUUCUAUAAACAGUUGUGCUGGGGUCACUGGUUCAAACGACAGAUUGACAGAAACCUGUUCUAUGUUGUCUGUGCAGCAGGGAGGCCUCUGUCAAACACACACACACACACACACACACAUACACACACCGCUGUGCUUCAUCAGUGAGGUAGGAAAACAUCUGUCAUGGUUGAAGGCUGGAAAAGAAACCUAGUGGGACUAUGAGCUCCUCACGCCCACGUACACACAGGAAACGGUGUGUACCUUUUUAGAUCCCCUCAAGUUCCACACCUUCAAGUUUCGUUGUCAUCAGUGGCCCAGAGUCACUGUACUGUUGUUGUUAUUAUCUGUGGUGCUAUUAUUCUCAGUGUAUCAGCCUCUACCCAUGUUGUUCAAGAAGAUAUUUUUACCUGAGGAUACCAAACCUCAGUAGUGUUGUAAGAGCUCCUUCAAUAAAGGUUGCUACACCAAA